CCCCCCCUUCCCCUUUUCCCCUCCUCGCAGUCGGCGGCGCGCCCCCGAAAAGCUUUUCCGCCCCCUCUCCAAUCGCGAGUCUUCCGGCAACUACCAACGCACGACGAGUUUUCUUGGCAAGAGAGGAACUAGGAGAAACCCUUCCGCGUCCCGUUCCACCGGCGCCGUCGACUCCACCGGUGCACGCCGUCGCGAGCUCCUGUCCGCGUCCUCGUUCUCCUUGCUGCUGGACCCGCUACUGGAGAUCGACCUGAUUCCUCCCGUGCUGUCAAUUGGAUAUUAGCCAGGCUUUCAAGGUAGAGAAAGAAGCUUUUUGUUCCAUCAUGGCCUUACCAACUCCGGCACCUGUUUUGUUUAAUGAGAACCUACAGAUAAAUGGAGGUAAGAGGGCUGAUGGACUAAGGGCCAAAGGGCUGAAGCCAUCCGAGAAUCCUGGCAAGCAAGGGAGGAGAGCUCUUCAGAAUUUGUCCAACAUUUCUAGAGGCACUGGUUUGAAGGACACUUCCACCCUGAAAGAGAAGUCCAAGCAGAAGCCUCGUAGUAAUGUGACCAACACUAUUAAAGGCACUGCUUUGAAGGACAAGCCUAUCCUGAAAGAGAAGUCCACUCAGAAACAGAGGUCAGAAGCUCUUAAGAACCCACUGAAAAUUUUAACUGAUGAAGAGAUCAAAAUGUGCCAUGAGUGGGCUAAGGAUGGGGUGGAGGGAUUUCACUCGACACAAAAUGAUUCUCAGAAGUUGGAUAAGGAUCUGCUAGACAAACGUGUCAAGAAGAAAGUGGCGGCGGUAAACUCAGCCUUGCGUGGUUGGUCAAAUACGGUAUUUGAUUCUCUAAAGUUACCAGCUACGGAGGUUGCUGAGUUUUUUUAUGAUGAACCAAAUGUGCUGGAGCUGGAACCUGAGAUUCUUCCGGACAUCAGUUGGCGUCUCACUAGUUCAGCAGAUGAUAAAGCAAAGAUGGCUGAAGACCGUCUUGAUGAGCUUGACCAGUACCCUUCUUUGGAGAACAAGCCAGUUAUGUUUGAGCUGAGAGACGAGGACAAGCCAGCGAUACCGCCACUGGGAGUGUAUUGAAGAAUCUGUGCCAGUUGGACAGAAAGUUCUGCUUGCUACGGAGCCGUCUAGUCUAGAAUGCUACUAGGUUUUGAAUAAUGAACCUGAUGUUUUUCCCCAGCUAUAUGCUCUGGUGGAUGAGGGUGAUGUGGGAUUUCACAGUUUGAGUACUGGUACCUGUUCCAGCGGAAGCGACUGUGCUUCCUGCCUUUAUGCUUGCUGAUGGUGAUGGGUGAUGGUUGUGGAACUGCGGCUGAUGUAAUUCUGUCAUUUUUCAGCAAAAACAAAUCUAUGAACUUUAUACAUUCUCAUGAAUCAUGAUAUGACUU